GUAUUCGAUUAAACGUUGACCAGACAAGAAAAUGUUAGCUGUACGCUCCGUAUUUGUAUUGCUAGUAGCGCUGGCGGUGUCUGCUCGCGGAGCGAACAUUUUGGGACUGUUCAGCAGUCACAGUCCCUCCCAUUUGAUAAUCCACAUGUCAGUGGCCAAGGCCCUGGCCGAGGCGGGUCAUAAUGUCACCGUGGUGUCCAUGCUGAAGCCCACAGUGAUGCACAAGAAUAUCCACCUGAUAGUGGUGCCGGUGAAGGAGGAGCAGGAGCGAGUACUGGAGAACCAGAUGGCCAAAAUGGCGGGCCAAAAGAACUCCGUGAUAAGCACUAUGAAUCGCCUGAUGAACGAAAUGAAUGUAAUGAUUGACGCCCAGGCAGAUCUGCUAUCGGAUCCUCGAUUCCAGCGCAUAUACGAAACGAAGUUCGAUCUGAUGAUUUUGGGAUAUUUUAUCAACGAUUUCCAGUUGGGGGUGGCAGCCAAGCUACAAGUGCCCGUGAUCAUUGACUGGAUGAAUGCGCCCAUACCAAUCAUAGACGACUUCACUGGCAAUCCCACAGAGAUAUCGUAUGUGCCCAACAUAGCCACAUCUGCAACGCAGCCCAUGGGUCUGCUGAAGCGGGCCGAGAACUUGGGCAAGUAUCUGUUUAUCAGAUACAUGGCCAGUGUGCUGGAUAAAAGGGUGACACGUCACUAUAGGGACAACUUUGGUGAGGAGAAGGAACUGCGCAGCCUGGAGGAAAUGAGGAAGAAUAUCUCGCUGGCGUUUGUCAAUUGCCAUCUGAUCACCGAGGGUCCCAUCAGACCCCUGGUACCUGCCAUCAUUGAAAUCGGCGGCAUUCAGGUCAAGGAUUCGGCGGAUCCUCUACCCAAGGAUAUCGAUCAGUUCCUGCAGCAGUCUCAGGAGGGCGCCAUUCUCCUCUCUCUGGGCUCGAACAUUAAGAGUACUGCCGUGAAACCGGAACUGGUGCAGGUCAUCUACAAAGUCUUGUCGGGCAUCAAUCGUAAUGUGAUUUGGAAGUGGGAGGAUCUGGAAAAUACCCCCGGCAAUGCCACCAAUAUACUGUACAAGAAGUGGCUACCCCAAGACGACAUCCUGGCCCAUCCCAACACGAAACUCUUCAUCACUCAUGCCGGCAAGGGAGGCAUCACCGAGGCGCAGUAUCAUGGCGUUCCCAUGGUCGCCCUGCCCAUCUUUGGCGAUCAACUGGGCAAUGCCGUUCAGAUGCAAAACUCCGGCUAUGGUGUGGCCCUCGAUCUGCAGACCAUCACUGAAGAAAGCCUUACGACAGCCCUCAAGGAGGUGCUGGAUAAUGAUAAAUACAGCCAGACCAUUAGCAAGUUCUCCUCGCUGUACCGGGACCGUCCACUGACUGCCAGGGAAACGGUUGUGUACUGGACUGACUACGUCCUCCGGCAUCGAGGUGCUCCGCACUUGCAGAGUCCGUCCGUGCACAUGAGCUUCGUCGAGCUAUAUAAUAUCGAUCUGUAUGCCUUGCUGAUAUCGGUGUUAGCUAUCAUUGUGUUCCUAGCUCGCUUGACGUUGCGCUUUGUCUGGAGAAAAUUUCAAGGCAAGGCGAAGAGUAAUCCAAAGAGUUCGAAGAAACAAAAGAAGCAUUGAGACUGAAUGAGAAAUACAUCGAAAUUAAGUAACUACAGUAAGACCUCAUUCCUAGCAUUAUUUUCCUAUUCAAAUAAAA